CUGUCUAGUGAUAAGCAGGGGAGGCGUAGAAACCCCAUUUGAAGCAGUGACCGAUGAUCUUUAUGAUAAUAAAAGGGUUGUUUAGGAGGUAUGAGAGAUGGAACCCUGUGCAUCCAACAUCUGGAUCCUUUUGGGGCAUGGGAAUUGGCAUUGGGUGUGGCGUUGGAUGGGGUCCUGGGUUUGGCCCUGAAGUGAUCGGUUAUGUUGGAGCUGGAUGUGGCGUGGGAUUUAGUGUUGGUCUCACCCUGCUUGGUGUUGGAAUUGGUCUUCCUACAAACCCCUCCAUCAAAAUUCCCUACAAUGGGGGACUAAGGUCUUUAAUGCUGCUGCAAUUACACUCAGCAAGGGAGAUGAGGACAAGAGUGGUGGAACUUCUGAGAUCCAGUGAUCUUUUUUCCAUGAGAAAUGUUGUUGAGGAUGGUUGGAACCGCUUUGGGCCACAUAUUUCUUUGCAGAGGGAAGUCGGUGGAAAGAUCACUAGCUUUAAGCAUAAGAGUUCUUUAGACCAUACGGUUGGAUUAACUAUGAUGAAUCCUGGAUACUCUUCCAAUUUUAGAUCUGUUUUGGAAUGUUUAGAGUCGCUGAGAGAUCGAUGCUUGCAUCCUCGCAAAGGUAGCAAAGAUUAGGUUGUGGAUAAGCAUUGUCUAUACUCGAAUUAUGCAAGAUAGCAUAAGCAUUGCCCUUAACUAUUCAUUACUUUAAAUACGACCUUGAAAAGAGUUUAUCUGAAAGUGCAUGUGAACAUCCCCCCCCC